GACAUGGAGGUCUGAGAUAUUGAUUACAAAAUAUUGAGAUUAAAUAACUUAAAGCUUUUAAACAGUGUAUUUUAUUAAACCUUAGCAAAUGGCGUAUCAAACCGGUAGUUAAUAACAUUUAUUGUGAAGUUACAGAUUGAUCUGUUCACAUGUCAUUUGAUUUAAGAAUUAUGAUGAAUUUAUUUCAUCUAUUUUGGAUUCAGUGCUUUAUUUUGAACAUUAGUGCUGAUGAACUUGGAAUAAGAUACUCAUUGGAAAUAAACGACACUUUCGAGGUCAUUCUGCAACAGUCUUCAAGAUUUAAAUUUGUUUUUUUAAAGAAGAUUGCUUCAAACAUUUACAUUUUUGAGGCAAAUGCAACAAGAAAAGGUGAAGCUGACUACAUGCUGCAAUCUUUCAGGGAUCAUUUUUCAAACCAGAUCGUAGAGGCAGAACCAUAUAGUAUAUCAGGCAUCCAACACAGACCACCAACACCAUACCCUUCUGAAAAGAAAAAGCUAAAAUAUAAAAGAAGCUUGGAAAAAUCAACGUUGUUCAAAUCUUGUCCAGCAUAUUACGACCCAGAUGUUGAGAGGGCAUGGAGUUUGGGAUUCACAGGAAAGGGGGUCACUGUCGCCAUCGUGGACACAGGAGUUUAUAUCAACCAUCCAGACCUGAAACGGAAUAUUAAUAAGGCACUUUCGUUUAGUUUUGUAAAUGAGGACAACACAGGUCACGUGGAACCUCAGCGAUCUCAUAAUUAUCCAGAAUACAACACAUAUACAGAUCAUGGAACUUUGGCAGCUGGAAUUGUCGGAGCAGAGAUGGGAAACGAUGUGUGUUUUGCGGGGGUAGCUUUCAAUUCAUCUGUUGUAGCACUUAAGGUUUUUCACAAGGACCAACUAGAACUGACGGGAUUGAGGCUUAUUCUUUUUAACAAUGAGAAGAUCCCUGCUGCUCUUGGACACAAGAGGGAUGUCAUCGACAUUUACUCGUGUAGUUUCAAUCUGGAUAACCCUUUUACAGCCAACGCCAUUGAAUCCAAGACAGUUCUUAAAGGAGGGGUUGAAAAGGGAAGACAAGGAAAAGGCAGUAUUUUUGUAUUUUCCGCUGGAAAUAACUUUGGACAGAACACGAAAAUUCAUGACCGCAACAUGGAGUUUUAUGCCAGCAGUAUUUAUACUAUUACCAUAGCAAGUGUCGGAAGGCAUGGGAAGAGACCUAAAUACGUAAGGCCAGGAGCAUGCAUUCUGGCUGCUACCUUCGGAGAUUUCCGCACGUGGUCAGGAGAUAUAUUGAAAUCAACAAGCAAUUGGGACUCAUGCGCGAUAUUUCAAGGAACUUCAGCGGCCGCUGCGAGAGCUUCUGGAAUGAUUGCCAUUAUGUUGGAAGCCAACCCAAGGCUAACUUGCAGAGACGUUCAGUACAUUAUCGUCCUCACAUCGUCUUUAGAGAACGUGAAACGAUAUGGAAACUCGGUGCAAAAUGCAGCUGGAUUAAAAUUUGACAAGUAUUUCGGUUUUGGAUUGAUGAACGCAACUGCAAUGGUUUUGAAGGCGCGUGUAUGGUUUCCAGUCGCAAGACAGCUUAGUUAUACAACCAUUUUCAAUAAAGACUCGGAUAAGGUAUUCACCAGUAUUGUCAGUUCCAAAACCAGUGUUCCACCGUUGAAAGAAUCGUUAUAUCCUAAAUUACUUGAACAAGUUGCAGUAUUCGUUGACAUUGAGAUUAGCAAUACCAAAGUUGAAGAUAUCGAUAUAGUUCUAAAAUCACCUUCCAAGACUUUGAGUUACCUUUUGUCUCAUAAGAAAUCAAAUACCACAGAAACAAAAUCACUUAAUGGACCUGCAAUGAUACACUGGACCUUUACCUCUGUACAUUUUUGGGGAGAACUUCUGACUGGAGAAUGGAAAAUAUUUUUUAAAAAGAACCAAGAACAAGAAUCGCUGUUUACAAUACGAAAUAUAUCAAUUUCCUUUUACGGAGUGAGUGAUCUGAAGGAAGCAAGUACCAUUUAUUCGUAUAUCGAUCCAAGUGAUAUUUCAAACAAAUCUGAGAUUUUUGACUUGGCGGAAGAGGUGUUUGAAUUCGCUGAUGAAAAAUAUGAAGAAAUCAAACGUAAUCCACAGUCUGCUACUGUCGCUAUUGGGUGGAUUGUAGGAAUUUCUUCGUUAACAUGCCUCUUGAUAUGGUGUUGCUUAAAAGGGCCAUGUACAAGACCUAUACGUGGUGACAACUAGGAACUUUCGGAGGAGGAGCUUUGACUUCAGCAGAGAGAAGAGCCAAGAGUGGCUCAUAUAUGGGGAAAUAAAACCUAUAUUGGAACAGUCAGCGAAUGAUUAGAGGAAAUCUAUGUGGGGUUUAAAGCGGAUAUUAAAUGAACAGUUUCGCACGUAAAACACAAGCAUACAUACAAAAUGGAUUUAUCGCAGUAUUUUUGUCAAAUUAUUAGUAUGCUUUUAUAGAGUCGACAAUAGAUGAGUACUUCCAAAACACAGAAGGGUGAAUCUACAUAGUAAUGUAUUGCUGUCCAUGCAAUGGUCAGUCAUGGGCCAUCUUGCAUCAAGCAUGAUGGCUAAGUUAUAAACAUUUGUAAGUAUUUGGCUUACGGAAUUCGGACAGAGCACAUCACUGAAAAUGAUGACAUGGAUAUUAUCAUAGUUUUAUGGGAUCGAGAUUAUUUUUGUAAAGCAUUGAGUUUCGCGGUGUGAUAUGUUGUAUGUCGAGGAUAUGCGAUCGUGAAGAGUUUUGAAUGAACAGUAGAAGGGAAUGAACAUAUAUACAUACUGCUUUAUCAUGAUAUUUUGUUUUAACAGGAAUGUUGUUUGACACAAGCAGUAAAGACUUCUGUUAGCACAAGAUGCAUUUGAAGUUUGAAAAUUCAUUUAUGACGGAGUAUAUUGUAACGUUAAGCGUUUUCAUCGGUUAAAACCAAACAACGAUAUUUGUUGUUAUCAAUCGGAUUGGAGAUGUUGAAGACAGUUGACUAUUCAGUGAAAUGCCUUUAUUUGUUAAACAACUUGUUGAUGGCUGGUUACGAACUUAUACUUUGCACUGUCUUUGUGUUCUGGCUGCCAUAAUCUAUAUACCUUACUCUUGUUUAUAUGAUAAAUAAAGGAUGCUACACGCAG